GUUAAAGCAUAUAUCCUUCUAGAUCAGUCUUCAUUUUCCCACUUUCUAAAAAUGUGCAAGGAUCUGGGAGUUGACCUGGAACAGGAAAAGUCGAUGAGAAUUCGAAAUAUCACGGGGAACACAUACUACACGAGGUCGGGUGCCAAAAUUGUUGGAAAAGUCCGUGAAAAGUUCAUGUUAAUUGAUGGCAUUAGAGUGACAACAGGCUCCUACAGUUUUACAUGGACAGAUGGGAAGCUGAACAGCAGCAACAUUUUGAUCCUGUCAGGCCCUGCAGUUGCACACUUUGACCUGGAAUUUCGGAUUCUUUAUGCACGGUCAAAGCCUAUCAACCUCAAAGAGUUAUCCAGCUGCAAGAAGAAUAAGGUGUUGGACCAGCUGGUCAGGAUAACAGUGGCCUCCAGAGACUUGACCAGGGAAAACUUCCUGAGAAUGGAGUUUUUGUAUCUCAGAGCAUUUGUAGGAAAUCUAAAAAGGAAGCGAAGCUGGCUGCAUGCCUCAAGGGAGGCAGUCUACGUGUCAAAUAAUGCAAUGCAUGCCUCUCCUCCACUGACUAAGAGGAAUGGCUCUCUAGUUAUGAGGCCACACUGGAUCAUAGAGAGAUGAAUUUCAUGGUCACUCAGAGCGAGAAGCAGAACCUCAGGAACCACGUCCAGCCGUCCACGUCCAGUACUGUCUUACAGUAUGUGAGAGCAGCUGGGAAACAAACCUCGAACUGAGAGAAAGUGAUACUGGAAUUGCGGUUCCGUUUGAAGACCACUGUAAUGCAGAGCAACAGAUACAAUUACGGUAUUGUCUUAGGCUCGGACGUGUUUUUAAAAA